AUGAAGAUCUUAGACAGAAUGAACGACGAAAUCAUUGGGAUAGGCGAUGUAACGGAUAUUGAACACGAAAUUGAAGGAGCAGCCGCCGUCUCGGAUAGAAUUCUAAGCACUAGACGUAAAAUCGAAGCAGCAAGAAAACCGGAGAUUUGUCAAGAAACUAUAAAAAGAAGGCAAAGUCCUACACCACAAGUCGAACAGAUUCCUUUUGUGGUAGAAACAGCAAGCACGAGUAACACAACGAUAAGCAACGAUGAGAAUAACACGAACACGAAUGCAGUUAAUACGAACACGAAUGCAGGUAAUACGAACACGAAUGCGGUUAAUACGAACACGAUUGCGGUUAAUACGAACACGAAUGCUAUUGAUACGAUUACGAAUGAAGUGAUUAAUACGAAUUCUACGACUUUGAAUGCCCCUAUGAGAACAACACAAGCGAUAAUGAUGCCAGAGCUUCCCAAACUUCAAUUGCUAAAAUUCAGUGGAAAGAUCACAGAAUGGAACGCCUUUUGGGACUUAUACAAUGCUACGAUUCACAGUAGCGAGAGUAUGUCUAAGGUAAACAAAUUCAAUUACCUAUUCUCAUUACUUGAGGGUAGUGCAGCACGUUCGAUAAAGGGACUUACCUUAACAUCCGCAAAUUAUGACGCAGCAAUUGCGAUUCUGCAAGAUAGAUUUGGUCGAACCCAACAGGUCAUUGCCGCACAUAUGGAUCAAAUAUUACAAAUAUCUGCAUGUUCAGAAAAUCGUACUGGGCAAUUGAGAUAUGUUUUCGAUGAAAUAAGUGUUCAAGUGCGAGGACUUGAUUCGCUUGGGUUAUCUGCAAACCAGUAUGGCAGUCUGCUAAAACCAAUUACUAUGUCCAAACUACCGAGUGAAAUUAGAUUGCAGGUUGCACAAAAAGCUACUGGUGAUGUUUGGCAAAUUGACGAGUUACUCAAAACCAUAAAGUUUGAAGUUGAGGCACGUGAAAUGAGCGAGUCAUCGCGUUCAAUUGAGAAACCCCAGAACAAAGAUAAGCCCAACAAGCCAUCGACAGCUGGAACAUUUGUAGUGACAAAAAAUGAUAAAGACGGUGCCUGUAGCUUCAAGGUUAAAUGCGUAUACUGUCAAGGAUCACAUUAUUCAGCAUCUUGUGAAGAGGUAAAGGGAAGGGAAGCCCGAGUUAAAAUUCUAAGGGACUCCAACCGUUGCUUUAUUUGUCUGAAAAAGGGACACCAAGCAAGCAAGUGUAUCGUCACAAGAAAAUGUCGACAUUGUUUCGGGAGGCAUCACCAAUCUAUUUGCAGCAAUCCGGCUACCAACAGUCAGGGUGUCCAAAAUGAGAAGGCAAUUGAUAACACCAAUCCACAGAAAGUAUCAAAGGGUUAA